UCCAUCCAUCCACCCAUCCAUCCAUUCGUCCACCCAUCCACCCAUCCAUCCAUCCAUCCAUCCAUCCACCCAUCCAUCCAUUCAUCCACCCAUCUACCCAUCCAUCCAUUCGUCCACCCAUCCACCCAUCCAUCCAUCCAUCCAUCCAUCCACCCCAUCCAUCCAUUCAUCCACCCAUCCACCCAUCCAUCAAUCCAUCCAUCCAUCCCUCCAUCCACCCAUCCAUCCACCCACCCAUCCAUCCACCCCAUCCACCCAUCCAUCCACCCAUCUACCCAUCCAUCCAUCCAUCCACCCCAUCCAUCCAUCCACCCCAUCCAUCCAUUCAUCCACCCAUCUACCCAUCCAUCCAUCCAUCCCUCCAUCCACCCAUCCAUCCACCCCACCCAUCCAUCCACCCAUCCAUCCACCCACCCAUCCAUCCAUCCAUCCACCCACCCAUCCAUCCAUUCAUCCACCCAUCUACCCAUCCAUCCCUCCAUCCACCCAUCCAUCCACCCACCCAUCCAUCCACCCCAUCCACCCAUCCAUCCACCCAUAUACCCAUCCAUCCAUCCAUCCCUCCAUCCACCCAUCCAUCCAUCUACCCAUCCAUCUAUCCAUCCCUCCAUCCAACCCCCAUCCAUACAUCCACCCAUACAUCCAUCCAUAUAUCCACCCACCCACCCAUCCAUCCAUCCACUCACUCACCCACCUAUCCAUGACCUGUCCGUGCCGCUCUCCCUGCCCCUCACACACCGCAUCCCAGCCGCGCUGUGCCAGUCUCCAGGGCACCCAGCCCGGAUCCCCACACCCCAGCUGAAGAAACCGAGGCUGCACGAGGGGACGCGGCCGGCUGCGGUCACACGGCAAGGCAGUGGGGAGUGGGAGCCAGUCCAGCUUUCCAGGCCGGUGCAGAAAUGGAGGGAGAAUUCGCAGUGUGGAGAACUGGAUGAGGCUGGUAACGCUCCCCCUCUGCCCUACGGCGGGCGGCUGGGGUCGGCUGCUGUCGCCCCUGUGACCCUCUUCUCAGCCCACAGCGCCAGCCUGGGCGCGCGCAGAAGCAGCUACGAUGCCCUGGGCAGCGCCUGGAGCACAAGGGGGCCCAGGCCCCGGGUCCUCGAGGAGCCCCACGUGGCUCCCUGGUUCCCCGAAGCCUGCAGCGGUCACCAGCCCGCCGAGGACAUCAAGCGUGUCAUCGAGCGUCCACACCACUCAACUCCCCUGGAGCCGCGAGGCCAGGACAAACACUCACCAAGAGGUCGCCACGUCAGGGCGGAGAGGCCACUGGCCCACGAAAUAGCUAAGGAGCAGCUUCCACACCGGCACUGA